CAGACUCGCACGCAAAUAAACAAUAAAUAAGGCCAACCGAGUUGUCAACAAACGCAUCGCUUCUGGCCAACUGUUUGGCCAUAACAUUUGCCCAAAAUGGCCGCGCCCGUCGAUGAGAGCGUGCUCAAUGCGCUGCGGGGCGUGACCAGCGCCCAGACGCGCCUGCCCAAGCCACUGCUCAUCAAGAUCUAUGUGGCCAGCCUCAAGCAGGAGUUCAACCAGGAGCGACGCAUGCUGCUCGAGCUGGUCGGGCCCGAGCUGCAGAUGCUCUACGAUGAUCGCCAGAUCGAGCUGGAGAUCGUGGACAUGCACUUUGGUACGGGUGCUUUGGAUGUGACGCUGCUCGAACGGGAUCCCUACAUGCUGCAGGAUCUGCUGCACGAGAUUGACACGUGCCACGCCCACUCGAAAAGCGUGUUCUUUUUGGCGCUAAUUGGCGACGGCAUUGGCCGCCCACCGCUGCCCACGCACAUUGACGAGGACAUCUAUGCGGCACUCUCUCUGCCGGCGCAGGAUAUGGAGCUGCUUGGACGCUGGUAUGCCAAGGCAGGCGCAGAAACGCAGUUUGUGCUCAAACAGGACUAUCGCUCGCUGGCCGCGGAUGAGUGGCUGAGGGAAUCGCACCUGUUGCAACAGCUGCUGGAGAAAUCACUGCAACAUCUGGCGACCGCGACAAAUGGGGAUUUGCUGCGCCGCGUGCAGCUGCUGCGACGCACACAAAUCGAGCAGGAAGUGCAGCGGGCCAUGGCACACUCCAGCGAGAAGAUACUGGCCGUGUUCCGGGAGCGUGCUGCCCAGUGCAGCGGCCGCGAUGUGGAGGCCGGCGAACGUUUGCGUAAAAUCAAAGAUGAGCUGACCAUGAACCUAUCAACGGAUAAUCACACGACGCUAGUUGUGCCUGGCAGCGCCAGCAGCGAGGCCAUCGAUCCGGACAACGAGGACCACGAGGCGUAUUUAAGUAAAUUCAAGAACAAAGUCACCGACAAGCUGCGUCUGCUAAUCGAGGCGCACAUUACAAAUGAUCCCGAUGUUAUCAAGGGGAGGAAAAAGACUGUGCAGGAAAUCUUUCACGAGCAUGCCACACAUUUGCGGAUGCUGCGCGAGCACACGGAGCGUGUGGUGCUGCUGGAGACGCAAGUGCCGCAACAGCUGCAGCUGAAUCUGAUGGCGAAUUUCAAGAACGGCAGCCGGCAUGCUCCGUACUUUAUAUGCGGCACACAUGGCAGCGGUAAGAGUGCGCUGAUUAGCACACUCUAUGGCCAGGUGGGCGGCUGGUUUGGCACGACGCGUGUGCAUCGUGUCAUACGCUUUGCGAAGGCCACGCCCCGCUCUGCAUACAAUCUGGAGCUGUUGCGCGUAAUCUGCCAGCAGAUCUCAAUUAUAUUCAACAUACCCGAGGGCUAUUUGCCCAAGGAUGCGUCCUUCGAUCCGCUGUACAUUAACAACUGGUUUCAGAAUCUGUUGCGUCGCAUCGAGGACAUGAACAACGACGUGUUGUUUCUGUUCAUCGAUGAUCUGCAUCUGCUGAACCCGCUGGAUUGCGACAUUGUCGCCGCACUCUCCUGGCUGCCGACAUCGCUGCCCUGGAAUGUGCAGAUCAUAUGCAGCUCGACCACGCCCGUCGAACAGCUCAAGUUUACGCCCAUGCAGCGGGAUAGGUUCAAGUCGGCGGAGUAUCAGUUCGAUCUGGGCCUGGAGGCGAAUGCGACCCGGCUGCAGCGACCGGAGCAGUGCGCCGCGGAUGUCAGCUUUGUGGCCUAUGUGGAGCAGCAGUUCGACGAGCUGGAACAGCACUAUGGCCGGCAGGCGGUGGCCAGUCUGGCCGCUUACAUCACGUGCUCCGAGUACGGGCUGACCGAGACCGAGCUGCUCGAGCUGCUGAUGCCCACCGAUGAUCCCGAGUCGUUAAUAGACACGCACAACGGACACUUUAGCUUCGCCAGCUUCAAGAAAAUACACAAGCAAAUGGAUAAGCGCCUGCUGCUGCACGACAAGAUUAUGUCCGGCAAGGUGCUCAUUCAAUGGCGCCACAAUUACUGCGCCACGCUGGCCAAGCGACGGUAUAUGGAUGUGGAGCGAACACGUUGCCUGCACAUGGAGCUGGCCAAUUUGUUUUUCCCCCAGGACGAGGACGAGAGCACGCUGGAGAACGAUACAACACGAAGCGACAGCAAGUCGGUUGUCAGUCUCAAGGAGCGUGAGCCGCACAAGGAUAAGGACAGAGAACGCGAAAAGGAUAACGUAUCGGCUGGCCGUAAAUCAUCCUCAACGCAUCACAACGACGACACAUCCACCUUUUACAAUCCCAUUGCCGCCGAUGUCUCCUACAGCAUGCGGCACGUUGAGGAGAGCUGGCAUCAUCUCAUGCGCUCCGAUGACACGACUCGCUUCAAGCAAAUCGCAGUCUGUAAUUUUGAUUUCCUGCUCGCGGCGGUGCAAACGGUAUCCAUUAGCUAUCUGCGCUGCCUAAUCGAGCACGUGCGCUGCUAUGUGCUGGAUCGGGACAUUGAGCUCAUCUACUACACCAUACGAAAGUCGAGCGAUGUGCUCACCCGGGAUCCCAUGCAGCUGGGCUCACAGCUGGUCUCGUGGCUGCGUCCGAUCGGCGAGCACGACGACGACGACAACUCGCUGCUGAGCAUGACGGUACGCUCGGCGACCGCCUGGUGCGAUGGCUAUGCAGUGCCGCUGCUCGUUCCGCUGACCGGCUGGCUGCCGGCGCCGUUGCCCUCGCAGAUACGCAACAUGACCGUGUCCGGCACCGGAGUAAUACGCGCCGUUUGCCUAGCGCCGUCGCGGCAACAUCUGAUAUUGGCCACCAAUUCGGGCGAUGUGCAGCUGUGGCACAUCAUGAGCAACUCGCUGGAGCACACGUAUAAGGGACACACUGCGGCAGUCACGUGCCUGCUGGUGGCGCCGCAACAGUCGCAGCUGCUGCUGACCGGCUCCGAGGAUACGACUGUUUUGGUCUGGCACGUGUCGCUGCGCGAGCGACGAGCGCACAUUAAAGCCCACACAGCGGCACUGACGGGCGUGGCAGCUGGUGUCAAUAACACGCUGAUCAUCAGCAGCAGCGAGGAUGCAACCAUCGCCAUCACAGACCUGGCCAGCGGCAAAUUGAUACAUCGCAUUAGCUUUCAUCGUGGCCCGGUUAGCGGCAUUCUGGUCGCUGGCGCCUGCGAUGUCCUCAUCUCGGCAAGCCAUGACAAGAACAUAUGCGUCUGGGAUCUGGAGAACUACGCGCUCUUGAACACCAUGCAAAUGACGAGUCCAGUGCUGCGCAUUGAUAUCUCAUGGAAUUCGGUAUUCCUGCUGGCCCUCUGCGAGGACAAUGCGCUCUACGUGCGCACCUUGGCCACCGGCAAGGAGCUGCACACGCUCAAGGGACACAAGUCGCGGAUACGCACCAUAUGCAUUGGAAAGGACAGCCAGCGGUGCGUGGUCGGCUGCGAGGAUACGCGGGCGCUCAUCUAUGACAUGCACUCUGGCAAAUUGGUGCGCUCGAUGCCGCCGAAUCCGGGUCCAGUUACGGCCGUUUAUGCCAUGGACAAUGAUGACUUUCUGAUUACCGUUGGCGGCAACAAAAUCACCUUUUAUUCGUUCAGGAACGAGGAGCUCUAUGUGAAUCCGUACUCGCGGCAUCCGCGCCGCAAGCGCAGUCUGAAGCGGCACGCCCAGGCGCAGCGUUCGCCCUCGACCACAUUGCCGCCGAUCACGUGCUUCGACUUGUCGCGUGACUCGCAGCAGCUGGCGAUUGCCUCCGGCCGGAGUGUGCACAUGAUGCGCAUCAAUACGCCGGAAUAUCAGAGCACAUUGGAGGGUCACACCUGUGUCGUCAAUUGUCUGAAAUUUGCGCCGAAUGGCGAGUUCUUAGCCACGGGCGGCGAGGAUCGUCUGGUGCAAAUCUGGACUCUGGCGCUGGGCGAAAUCAAUCACACAUUCAAGGGACAUGCGGCGCCGGUUAUGCAGCUGGUGGUGCUCAUGGACUCGCUGCGCGUCAUCUCCACGGAUCGCGAGUCGAUGAUGCUCGUGUGGAUGGCCGACUCGGGCAAUCUGCUCCAGACCAUACAGGGUCCGUACAAGAAACUGGCGGCCACCAACAACAUGCGCUUCGCCGUCUCCACGAAUGGCGACAAUACCCUGAAGAUCUGGUCCCUAACGCAGGAGGACGAAAAGUAUUCCGUCUCGCACUCGGACGAGAUAACCUGCUUCGAGAUUAGCGCGGACAGCAUGCACAUUAUAACUGGCUCCAGGGAUAUGUCGCUGAAGGUCUGGCAAUCGAUGGGCGGCAAGCUGAGCCAGGUGCUCGUCGGUCACAGCGAUGCGGUCACCUGUGUCGCCGUCUCUGUGACCAACAAAACGCAGGUCAUCUCCGGCUCGAAGGAUAUGAAUCUGAUUAUAUGGGAUCUGCUCACGGGGGAGGAGGUGCACACAUUGGCCGGCCAUUUGGGCGCUGUCAUUGGCGUCAAGGUCUCUGCCGAUGGCUCCACGGCUGUCUCGGGCAGCGAUGACAAGACGUUAAUUGUGUGGGAAACGAAGCGUGGUUUGGCGCUUACCUCGCUGCAGAUGCACGUGCCCUUCACGCACUUCGACAUCAGCCUGGAGGUGUCCCGUGUGCUUGUCCAGCUGGUGGAUAGCUACAAUUUGCCCGUCAUCUGUUUGCAUAAUACGCCAGCGCAGUAUGUCAAGCUGCCGACCUAUUCCGGUCCCAGCAAGGAUGUGGAAGAUUUGCGUCCACAGGGCCCCAAGCGGCAGAUGAAGCGGCUGCUCAAAAAAGAGGUCUCUCUGGAUACAUACACCUGGCAAAAGAAAUAUGGCCAUCUGACCUCCUCCGUGAUGAUGGCCCAGGUGGAUGAGCGCCUGAAGCGACGCUUCAGCGUCUCGGCCAGCAUGGAGGAGAUCUCGAAGAUAGCUGAAACCAAAACGGGCGCCUCUCAAGCCAACUUGGGCCCGGAGCAGGCGGCGCUCGCCCAGUCCCAGCAUUUUGAUCAGCUGGAGGCGCUGUGGAACAAACGUUCGCCGCCUCGACGACGUCACAAUGCGGGUCUGUCGCGGCAGACGUCGCUGGUGGAGGACCGGUUAGAGUCCUCCGACGAUGAUGAGUAUCAGGAUGAGCGCGCAGAUCAUUUCGCUACAGGAGGAGGAGGAUACCACAAAGGAUAAGCUGUAAGGCGCACUGGCUAAAAUACGUAUAAAGGUUAAUUACACUAGCUAAUAAGUAAAUGUUCUAAAUGGUAAGCAAUACUUGAGCAACUAGCUGCAACCUAGACUCUCCCUUCCAAGUGAUCUGUUAAAUAUUUCCUAAAGUUUAAUCAUUUAUUUACAUUUAAUUUUUUGUUUUUUUUUUUGUUUUUUUUUUUUUUGAAAUUAAGCUUAGGUUUGUUUAAAGAGAGCGAGUUAAACUCAACAAUAUUUUGAUUUGCUUGGUUUUUGCCCCUUUACAAAAUUGUAGUCUGUAGUUUCUAAAAAGCAAAAACCACCGUCUCAGACUUUAUAUAGAACCUAGCAUACAUGAUAAGUGAGCCAUUUUGAAAUUUUAAUGUUGUAGAGUGUGUUUUAUGUACUCAUAAAUAAUAAUAACUUGAGCUAUAUGUUGUUAUUCAUAUGUAUACAUACUUAUAUAUAGAUUGUAGAGAUAUGAUCGAGAAAAAACCAAAUGCAAACCACAAAACUUGAAGGGGUUAAAAGCGUAACUAUGCUUAAUAAACAAAAAGAUACAAAAUGCAGAAAUAAAACUGUAAUUGUCACAAUAUUAAUAUGUCACAAAACUAUCAAUUUAUGGAAAAUAUUUACUCAAACAAAAAAACAAAAGAAGUGUAAACAUUUGCAGCACAUUUGACUUCAGAUCUGUUCAGCAUUGUAUAUAUUAAUAAUGUAUGUGUGCAAUAUGGAGAAAAACAAAAUAUGAAUUGUUUAACACAUAUCCAUAGCAAAGCGUUUAAAUAUUUGUAUAACUGUGCAUUAGUUUAAGCCUAAACUCUGUUCUAAGCGCACAAUUAAUUUGCUAUCAGUUCUGCACGCACCCUAGAUAACUUCAAUAACUCUCUGACAAUCAGAAGUUCUUGCUUAGAACAAAAAAAAAAAAAAAAAACAAAGAAAAGGGAAAAACAAAAAAACAAACCGAGAAAUGUUUUAACACAAAACGAUAUUUCUACACAUAUUUCUACGCAUGCGACAUGUGAACUUGUUUAAUCCUUAACCUAAGAACUAAGAACUCCCCCGAUACGAUAAAAUAUGUAGUUUUAAGUGUAACCCACAUUGAGCUAUUGUAGGCCCCCAAAGCAACCGAACAAUUCGUAGUAUAUAUAGUAUAUAGAUAUGUAUACAUAUGUGAGAGUCCUUUGAGAUCCCAGUCGGAGCAUGUGCUAAGUAGAACACACUGUCUAUGUCUAUUACAAAAUUAAACUAAACUU